AUGGACAACCACCCAGUGCACCGUUUCGACUGUGAAACCACCACCAUCGAAACCUUUUUCUGCAAGGACUGCAAUUUCCGCACACACCUCACCCUUCUUUUCAAGAGACACCUAAAGGAGCCCCAUUUCAAGCACCCAAACGAAGACCUAGCCUACACCAUCCACCAAUACGUUUGUAAAAAAUGUGGCUUCGAAACCCACUUUUCCAUGAAAUGGCUCCAACACAUCACCACCUGUCUAAACACCGAGAAACCCCCCCCGAGAAAGAAAACCGUCCUCAAAUGGUACAACUGCGCCCAAUGUGGCCACUCUUACAAACAAAAACGCUCCUUAAUGAGCCACCAAACCGAAAAACACUCCUCAAUUCGGAACAUUAAAUGGUACAAAUGUGAGUUGUGUCCGUUCACGACUAAACAAAACUCGCAUUUGAAGAGCCACCAGAACGCGCGACACUCAAACGAGCAGGACAUCAAGUGGUACAAAUGUGACAAGUGUCCGUACAAAGCUAAACAAAAUUCGAAUUUGAAACAGCACGUCAAGGCGCACCAUUUGCUCGAAGAGGAAGUCAAGUGGUACAAGUGUGAUCAGUGUGAGUACAGGAGCAGGUACAAGGCACACUUGAAGCGCCACGUUGUUAAACAUUCAGGCGAAGCGGCGGUUAAGUGGUUUAAAUGUGAUCAGUGUCCGUACGAAAGCAAGUUCAGUUUUCACUUGAAAACGCACAUCACGGCGCGGCAUUUGGACGAGAAGGAUAUUAAAUGGUAUAGGUGUGACAAGUGUCCAUACAGGGCUAAGCAGAAGUCGCAUUUGAACAGUCACGUGGCGAGGAGGCACUUGUACGAGGAGGACAUUAAGUGGUACUGUUGUGACAAGUGUUCGUACAAAAGUAAGGAGAGUUGGCAUUUAAGAAGACACAUGAGUGCUCGGCACUAG